AUGGAGCACGAUCGCCGCUACAUAGGCGGGCGAUUUAUCGGUAAGACGGUAGUACUUGUCCAACUUCGCCCAGCCCGAGUUGUACAUCGGCCCCAUCAUUGGAUCGCCUUUGUGUGCUUCCUUUCCCGCUUCAAACUGCGCAAGCAUGAAAUCCAUAGCCAGGAGGACAUUGCGAGAGUUGCAAACGACGAUUCGAGCGCCUUGGUAGUCAUCUUGAUCCUCUGCGGAGAGCUCGUCGCCGGCACAAUCUGCUUCCGUCCACUUGCUGAAAUAGCCAUCUAUUGCUUCUCGGAGGUUCAACGCCGCUCGCAGCAUAGUAUACCACGAGCUCCAUCUUGUGUCGUUGUCUCGCGCAAGCUUGCGGUUGCGGCUAAGAACUUGGAACCUUUGGCUGCGCUGGACACUCUGUUGGAUGAAGACGACGAAGUUAUGAAGCUUGCCGAGAGGGCCCAUUUGCCGCCACGCCUUGAUCUCUUUCAAUGUCGCAUUAUUCCCCGAAUCGUCAUGCUCGAGUUUCUCGUUGUCCGUGACGAAGAGGAAGGCUUUCGCGGCGAGGUUGAUAAUAUGGCCUUGGCAGCGAAGUCUGUGUGUUUUGGGAAAGAGAUUUCAUCAUCGUAUCAUUAUUGCCUGCAUUGUCCAUCACAAAAUAGCCGAGCUUGGAAGCAAAGCCCCAGUCCUCUAUCACUUCCAGAAUUGCAUCUGCGAGGUGAGACCCGUCAUGCUCACUGUCGAUGUCCUUUAGCGCCAACGUAUGGUGUUGCAAUUGACCGUCUUCCGUAA